AUGAGUUCUGCCAGGGGUGGAAUCGUCGACACAAAAGCUUGGCAAGAGCUCAAAAGCCAUGUUGGGGAGAUAAGCAAAUUACAUCUCAAAGACUUGCUUGGCGACAAGGCCCGGUGCGAAUCGAUGAUGAAAGAGUAUGACGGGAUUGCUCUUGAUUUCUCACGUCAAAGAGCAACACAGGACACUUUCCAGAAGCUGUUUCAGCUUGCAAAGGAGAUGAAGCUCAAAGAUAAGAUUGACAGGAUGUUUGGCGGUGAUCACAUAAAUAGCACAGAGGAUCGUCCCGUGCUUCAUGUGGCUUUGAGGGCACCAAGGGAGGCACUGAUAGCCUGCGACGGCAAGAACGUAGUUCCCGAGGUCUGGGAAGUUCUUGACAAAAUGAAAGAUUUUUCAAACAGAGUUCGUGAGGGGCAAUGGCUCGGGGCUACCGGGAAACCUUUAACUGACGUUGUGGCGAUUGGAAUUGGUGGAAGUUUUCUAGGACCAUUGUUCGUUCAUACUGCAAUGCAAACUGAGCCUGGGUGUGCACGACUUGCCAAGGGACGCAGAUUGCUAUUUUUAUCUAAUGUGGAUCCUAUCGAUGCUGCAUUUACCUUGAAGGGUUUAAGCCAGGAAACCACUCUAGUUGUCAUUGUUUCGAAGACAUUCACAACGGUGGAGACAAUGCUAAAUGCCCGAACGAUGAGAACGUGGAUCACAUCUACACUUGGUCCAGCGGCUGUUGCAAAGCAUAUGGUGGCUGUCAGUACCAAUUUGAAGCUCGUUAAAGAAUUUGGCAUUGAUCCUGCUAAUGCAUUUGCUUUCUGGGACUGGGUUGGCGGUCGCUACAGUGUUUGUAGUGCUGUUGGAGUUCUUCCUUUAGCGCUCCAGUACGGCUUCGCCAACGUUAACGAGUUUUUAGAAGGCGCUUCCAGUAUAGACAGCCACUUUCGAGUUGCGCCUUUUGAAAGAAACUUGCCAGUCCUAUUGGGUCUCAUAAGCGUAUGGAACGUUUCUUUUCUCGGUUGUCCAGCCAGGGCCAUUCUUCCUUAUUCCCAAGCUUUGCAAAAAUUUGCUCCGCACAUUCAACAAUUGAGUAUGGAAAGCAAUGGAAAGGGUGUUAGCAUUGACGGGACUCCGCUACCUUAUGAAACUGGCGAGAUUGACUUUGGUGAGCCAGGAACAAAUGGACAACACAGUUUCUAUCAGUUGAUUCACCAGGGACGAAUCAUUCCCUGCGAUUUCGUUGGAAUAAUCAAGAGUCAGCAGCCAAUGUAUUUGUCAGGAGAACCAGUGAGUAAUCACGAUGAACUAAUGUGCAACUUCUUCGCGCAGGCUGAUGCUCUUGCUUACGGCAAGACUCCGGAUGAGCUUCGAGCUGAGGGUGUUCCCGACAGUCUUGUACCACACAAGACUUUUACAGGAAAUCGUCCGUCUUUAAGCCUGCUGCUGCCGAAUCUCACGCCAUAUACAAUUGGCCAGCUCCUUGCCAUUUACGAGCACAGGAUUGCGGUCCAAGGUUUUAUCUGGGGCAUCAACUCUUUUGAUCAAUGGGGCGUCGAGCUUGGAAAGUCUUUGGCGGGAAAAGUUCGUAACCAGAUGCAUCUGUGGCGGACCAAGGGAAAAGUUGUGGAAGGCUUCAACUACAGCACUACCACACUCCUCAAUCGCUACUUGAAGGGCAAGGCUCAAAUAUAUUCAGCAUCAUAUGGUGUUUUCCCCAGCGAGGUGAUUCGGAAGAAUUAAGGGAAUUACAAAAGAUCUAAAGUGAGCAAUAAACAUGAAAAUUUGGAAUCUGAUUCUACA